AUGAACCGAGACCAGAAGAUACAAUUCAGAGACAAGCAAAUACGGCAUAAAUAUGCACUAUUACACGCUAUGCCUACUAUAGAUGUGCCAGAGCUUUCAGGAAUGUAUUUGAAGAAUUUCUAUAAUUCAGUAAAAAGGUACCAACUCAAUCUUCCGGACCAUAUAGUACAACCUGAUAAGAAGUUCUGCGGUGAAUGUGGGUAUAUACAAAUUCCAGAUCAUAGUGUCGAUAUUAACAUUAUAAGUGGUGAGCGUCCUGAGAUUUCAAGCAUAGCAAAAUUCAAAUGUAAGAAAUGUGGACAUCAUUAUGAUGAAACGGUACUUUGUAGAAAACAAAAAGUUGCAGAUAGUGCUAAUAUAUCGAAAGAUAUUGGACAAGUGAAAAAAAAAACUAAUAAUGCCAAGAUGCGUGCUAAAAUGAGAAAACAGAAUUCACUUACCUCACUAUUGAGCAAAAAGGAUAAGGAAAAAAAAGAUGUAACCAAAUCCGCAUCGAUGUUAUCGCUAGACUCCUUCAUGAAACGUUAA